AUGGAUCCGCUACAGCAGCCUGUCUCAGAGGUUCAUGCUGUUGCGGAGCCGCAGCAGCACCCAAUCGAGGCCCAGGCGAUCCCACAGCCGCUGUCAGUCCCGUCCGAACAGGAACAGCCACAGGAACAGCCACUCGAGCAGCCUGUUCAAGUCAGCGUCAAUGUUGAGGAACCCCCUGUAGACUCAGUUGCUGCCCCAGUUGAACAUUCUGCUGGUCGCAUCCGAGUCGAGCAAGGUUACGCUAGCGACUCUAAAGCCCAUUAUCACUCUCGAUCCACUGAUUUCCACCAUUCCGCUCCUGAAUAUCAUCCUCAAGAUGCCGAUCCCAAUUUCCGUCUUAAUUCAUCGCCAUCCAUGACCCAUCAGCCUCAGCUCAAUUCCGCAUCACGUCCCGGCUCCGGAGUUUCAAGUGGCCCAGAGCGACACGGCAUGCCUCAGCCACAGCCAUCGGAGGUCGCCCAACGAGGCCAGCCGUCGCAAGCGGCCAGAAAUAGUGUUGUCAUCAAGGUUGGAAUGGUCGGAGAUGCUCAGAUCGGAAAGACCAGUCUCAUGGUCAAGUAUGUCGAGGGCAGCUGGGAUGAAGACUACAUUCAGACCUUGGGCGUUAAUUUCAUGGAAAAGACCAUUUCAAUUCGCAACACCGAAAUCACCUUCUCGAUCUGGGACCUGGGUGGCCAACGUGAGUUUGUCAACAUGCUGCCGCUGGUUUGCAACGAUGCCGUGGCCAUUCUUUUCAUGUUUGAUCUCACCCGCAAGAGCACUCUGAACUCCAUCAAGGAAUGGUAUCGCCAGGGCCGAGGCUUCAACAAGACAGCCAUUCCUUUCUUGGUUGGCACCAAAUAUGAUCAUUUUGUUAACUUCCCUCGGGAAGACCAAGAAGAAAUAUCCUUACAAGCGAAAAGAUUUGCUAAGGCAAUGAAGGCAAGCUUGAUUUUCAGCAGCACCAGUCACAGCAUCAACGUUCAAAAGAUCUUCAAGAUUGUUUUGGCCAAGGCAUUCGAUCUCAAGUGCACUAUCCCCGAGAUCGAGAAUGUUGGUGAGCCAUUGCUGCUGUACAAAAAUGUCUAG